AGUUCUAUGGUGGAAAAACUUUUUACUAUGUUGCUUUGAUGCACAAGAAGACUAUCGAGUUUGCUAUUUAUAAAAUGCAGCAAUUAUAUAGAAAACAUUUGCCUUUGAUGAUUUCAAUUCUUCUGGAACUGAAAUCCAUGCAUUUAUUAGACCUUUUAGCAGUAAUAUUAGAAAUAAAAACACGUCAAAACCGUCUGGGUAUUAUGUACAUGCAACAAGACGUUUAUUCCAAAAUACUAAGCAGCAUUAUGAACGGCGAUAACAAGACUACAAAAAUGUAUCUUAGGUUGUCCUCUGCUUCGUUUCGAAAAAUUGUAACUCACAUUCCCAAAAAGCGCCACGGAUGCCUUCGUUGCUGUUGGCGUUCUUUGAACUGAACCAAACAUCCUUGUCAAUGCGCUUUUCCAGAAGGAUUCUGCGUUCUGAACUGCUCCCUGUAAAAUAGUAUUUUUAAUUAAAAAAAUACAUAACGCCUUUUCAUAUGUAAAUCUGAAAUUAAAUCUUACAAGUUA